GCGGCGGCUAAGUAACAACCAAACAUCUAUAUAUUGUGUUUAUAUAUUAACAUUUUAUUCUACGUCUUCUUUCAUCAUCUGUAUCGUUUAUCUCUCUAGGGUUUGCAAAUCGAAAAAAUCAUGCCUCGUCGAAGCUCUUCUGGUGGAAGGUCAGCACGUCCUGCUCCUCGUCCUUCUCCAGUUCGUAAUCCCCCUCAGACAGCUAGCCAUGCUCCUCCCCCAGCAACUGUUCAAGGUGGUGGUGGUGGAUCUUUACUUGGAGGAAUUGGAUCUACCAUAGCUCAAGGUAUGGCUUUUGGAACUGGAAGUUCUGUGGCACAUAGGGCUGUGGAUGCUGUUAUGGGACCUCGCACUAUUCAGCAUGAAGCUGUUGCAUCUCAAGCAACUGCUGCUCCAGUUACUAAUUCAAUGGGAUCUGAUUCAUGCAAUGUCCAUUCCAGUGCCUUCCAAGAUUGUUUGAAUAGCUCUGGAAGCGAUAUCAGCAAAUGCCAGUUCUACAUGGAUAUGUUGGCAGAAUGCAGGAAGAACUCCGGUUCAAUGAUUGGCGCUUAAAUCAUCUCAACACAACGGGUAUUAUCUUUGUCUUCAAUGGAAUAUGAAUUAUUGGGUCAUCAAUAAAUGGACUAAUAAGGGUAUAUGUGAUUUGACAAAAUGUCUUUAACAAAACAUAAUCAUAACACUAUGGGUUAUUUUAUGAUUUAUCAUUUUUUUUUCUAUGAUUUAAUCCCUUCUUCC